UUUUUUUUCUUCUUUCUCUCCCUGAAGACUCAAGACUCUUCUUCAACCAUUAUAACAAGAACCAAUUCACCACUCUCAUUCAAUCCUCCUUUAUGAUUCUUUACUUGUUUUCUCUUUCUACUUCUCCUUAUAUACCCUAACUAACAACCAUUUUCCCAACAAAUUUUCUUGCUUUUCUUCCUUCAUUCUUUGUUUUCACUGCAAUUUACCAUCUUGAUUUUUCUCAUUCUCAUGGAGAAAAGAGGUUUCUUGACUGAGGGAACACAACCCAUAUGGAAUUCUUGUGGUUUUUCCUUUGAAACUCAACCAACCCAUCUCAAUUCAGCAACAGGGCAAGUACCCAGUUGCUUCUUCAGUCCCAAUUGGGAUAAUUCCAUGGAUCAGAGCGGUCCCUUUGAGUCUGCAUUGAGUUCCAUGGUGUCUUCUCCGGUAGCAUCUAAUGCUGGCAGCACAGUUCUUGGUGCGGACAGCGGGAUGAUCGGAGAAGUGAUUGGAAGAUUAGGAAAAAUAAGCAGUUCUGGAGAAACUUCACCACAAUCUUACAUCAAAACUAACAGUACUAACAAUUCUAGUUACAAUACUCCAUUGAAUUCACCCCCCAAGCUCAAUCUUUCCAGGAUGGAUUCACAGAUCCCGGGAAAUUUGCCAAUUUUUGGAAAUGAAUUGAUAAACUAUCCAAGCUUGGCAUCACUUUCUGCAGACCCUGGAUUUGUGCAGAGAGCUGCAAGGUUUUCCUGUUUUGGUAGCUCUGAAUUGGCUCAAAGAUUAGUCACCAGAUUGGAAUCCGGUAUGCUUUCAAGAGUUGUAAGUAACCAAUCCAUUAAGGUUGCCGGAUCUCAUGAAACCAACAAGAAUUUACUUUCAAGGGAAAAUGAAAAUUCUGGUUCUGACAAGAAGAUGAUUGGGUUGUCUACGCCGGCAAAUGCAGAAUUUGGUGAUUCCAAGGAGGAAUCUUCUGUGUCUGAGCAGAUCCCAGGUGCGGAUUCAAGCACCAAAGGCAGCAAUGGUACUAAUGCCAGGAAAAGGAAAUCAACUCCAAGGGGAAAAGCAAAGGAAACUACUCCAUCUCCAUCUGCCACUGAUGCUAAGGUUGCAGCAGAGAAUGAUGAACCCACUGCAAAGAGAAGCAAGCAAGAUGAAGCUGCUGCAGAGAGUGCAAGGGAAAAGGAUGAGAAUCAGAAGCAAACUAAGGAGAAUUCAAAGCCACCGGAGCCGCCAAAGGACUACAUCCAUGUCAGAGCCAGAAGGGGUCAAGCUACUGAUAGCCAUAGUCUUGCCGAAAGAGUACGGAGGGAGAAAAUUAGUGAAAGGAUGAAGUUCCUUCAAAAUCUUGUUCCUGGUUGCAAUAAGGUGACUGGUAAAGCAGUUAUGCUUGAUGAAAUUAUUAACUAUGUGCAGUCGUUGCAGCGUCAAGUUGAGUUUCUGUCUAUGAAGUUGGCUACUGUAAAUCCCCGGAUGGAUUUUAACAUGGAAGCCCUUCUGUUAAAGGAUUGCAACUUGCUUCAGAUUUUACAAUCUCGUGGACCUUUACCACACGACCUUUACCCUGUUGAUUCUUCAGCACCAGCAUUCCCUUUUCAGUAUCAGCCCCAGCAAGGGCUAGCCCUGCAGGGUGGAAUACCUAAUAACAUGGAGAAACAGUUCUCAGUGAACUCACUAAAUGCAUCACUGCAUCGAAACCCAAGUAUGCAGUUGCCUUCUAUUGAUGGAUUUUGUGAUACUACUACUCCUGCGGUUCCUUCAUUAUGGGAGGAUGAUCUUCUGAGUGUAGUCCAGAUGGGGUUUGGCCAGAAUCAUGGCUCAAUGGCUGCAGGUCAAAUGAAAAUUGAGCUGUAAUGUAACUACCACUAAACAACCAGUCAUAUUGAUUCCAUUGAGGACCCGCCAAGAAGAAAGAGAGGCCCUCAUGUAUAGAGAGAUCAAUUCCUCUUUUGGCCGGAGAAAGAGAUAAAUUUCCAAAAUUUUAGUCUCUUUUUCCCAGUUGUUUCUGCAACUCAUUCUUUAGAGUUCUUAUUAUUACAAUAAUUUGACUUUUGUAACAUCCUAGAACUAAUUUAAUCAAUCAGUGAUGUUUAUUUCUUCAACAGUGUCUAUGAAUCUAGCAUAGUGGUUGAAAGGAGAAGGAAAUUUUUAUGUAAACUUUUGUUUCAACCAGAACCAUGAGUUGUCUUACAAGUUGAAAAACAUUAUCUUUCAAUCCAUUGAGUUUUUUUCUUUCUUCCUUGGCUAAGUACCUUCCUCUGACUUUGGUUGUAUGGUGAAUAAAGAAGUAAAGGGAAA